AUUGUCAUAUCCAGCCACGACUGCUGGUGGGAAACGAUGAUGGCCCAAUGGGGACUGCAGUUUUCUAUCAGCUUUCGCACGACGCACAACAAUUCCAGCGGGGUAGUAGGUUCAAACAACAACUCUUUCAUUGGAUAGUUAAGUUCGAUUGGAGGGGAAAGCUUUCGUUAUUUGAUCGUUGACCGUGCAAGUGGGAUGGAGUGUGAUACGGCUGAUGCUUGUUCAGGGAAAGCUGCAGUACAACGGAAAGAUUCCCAACGGUCGAAGAACCAUCAAGAUAAGAACACAUCAAGUCUGGAAAAAGCCGCCCCAGAAGAUGAACAGCUGCGCGAAAAGUGGGGCAAGAAGAUCGAGUUCCUGUUGUCAUGCAUCGCACUUUCCGUUGGAUUCGGAAAUGUAUGGCGAUUUCCGUACACAGCCCUGCAGAACGGAGGUGGUGCUUUUGUCAUUCCGUAUCUGAUUGUACUGUUCGUGGUGGGACGGCCAUUGUACUAUCUGGAGAUGGUGGUCGGACAGUUUUCCAGCCGAGGAUGUGUCAAGGUGUACGACAUGUGUCCGCUGAUGAGAGGCAUCGGAGUUGGACAGACCAUAACGAUGUUCACGAUCGUUGGAUAUUAUGCGGCGAUCUUGUCCUUGGCAGUGAGAUACUUCGUGGACUCAUUUCGUAUUCCGCUGCCCUGGAGUGAGUGUCAACGGGAGUGGACGAAUUGCGUAGAUUCUAGUUUCAUUGGACAGAUCCACACGGGGGAGAGCAACGGAAGUGUUGUUCCGUCUGCGGAGCUGUAUUUCACAAAGACGGUUAUGAAUAUUCUGCCAAACAUUGACGACGGAAUUGGAUCUCCAGAUUGGAAGUUGGCUUUAUGUUUACUUGUUUGUUGGACGGCGGUCACGGGGCUACUUGUGAAAGGUAUCAGAAGUUCAGGAAAAGCAUCGUAUUUUUUAGCAAUAUUUCCAUAUGUGAUCUUGUUCAUUCUGCUUGUUCGGGCCUGCACCUUGACUGGAGCGGUGGAAGGUUUGAAGUAUUUUGUCACACCUCAAUGGGAGAAACUUCUGGAACCUUCGGUUUGGUACGCUGCUGUCAGUCAAUGCUUCUUUUCUCUCACAAUUGGGCUCGGAGCAGUUAUAGUCUUCGCGUCGUUCAACAGCUUCUCCAGUAACAUCUAUCGUGAUGCCAUGAUCAUCUCCGGACUUGACACCGUAACAUCGCUAAUAUCCGGAGUCAUAGUGUUCGGAGUAGUCGGCAACCUAGCGCACAUAACCCAGCGUGAAAUACCCGAAGUGAUGAAGGCGGGUCCCCAGCUGGUGUUCGUCAUUUAUCCGGAUGCGAUCGCAAAAAUGGAUUUUGCACCGAACUUGUUUGCUGUGCUGUUCUUUUUCAUGUUCACUAUCCUAGGAUUGGGAACUAACAUUGGAAUCGUCACCACUAUAUUGACGUCGAUUAGAGAUCGUUUUCCACAGUUCCAGAACUGGAAAGCUGUGGUGAUGAUAGCCAUCGCUGGUUUCGCCUACGGAUUGGUGUUCAUAACUCCAGGCGGCCUUACAGUUCUGGACGUGAUAGACUACUAUGGCGUUACGUUCCCUACACUCACGUUGAUCAUUUUGGAGAUUGUUGCAUUUUGCUGGAUUUAUGGCGUGAGUCGGCUCUGCGUAGAUAUCAAAUUCAUGCUGGGCAUCGAUACAGGAUUGUUUUGGAGAGUUUGUUGGGGUUUCUUAACUCUAGCCAUCAUUGUUGCAAUCUUCUUGUUGGAAGUUAGUCGCUACAAGCUGAUGCAAGUCCCUAUCGGCGUAAAUGCUUUUGGAUGGUGUCUGUACUCGUUCAUAGUACUUCAAAGCAUUGGAUGGGCUUCCUAUGCGAUCUUCAAACAACCACAGCGUGGUUUAAGAAAAUUUACAGAAACUCUCAAACCUAUCGAAGGUUGGGGACCGGAGAAUGUCUCUCUAAGAAAAGAUUAUAUAGCACUUAUUACGCAUAAGCAAUCUAUUGACAAAAGCCAUAGUAUUCUAAAGAGGGUUUAUCGAAGAAUUUUUAAAUAACUUUCUAUGGUUUUUAAUCAUUAACAUAUUUUUGAAUAUUUUGAUAGUUAAUAUUUAAAUAAAUUUUACUUUACACGCAAUAAAUGUUUUUUUCAAUCUGCUUUGUACUCGCUCGUGUUGAUUGGAAAAUGAAGCAUGGUCGACGAGAUUCUUUGCAACUACUAAAAUGUCAUGCCAAUGAGCCAUUUUACGAAGUGACAACAAUGUUGAUGAUGAUAUUGAUUUUCGCGGGUUAGGACGUCAAAAUUUCAUUCGUAAAAUCGGCUCGUGAAAUGGACUAUUUAUCCACUGUCAAAUCCGCUUUACAUGGUAAUGUUGCACAAUCAAUUAUGGUACUGCGGCUACUGGAAGACUUGCCACUUGUGAUGCCGAUGAAAUCAGUAACAAAUUUUGAAAACGACGUAUAAUCAAUGGUGUAGCCACAGACAAACAGACGUAAAACUCUUCAAAACAGCGUGACACAUGCAUUUAACGAUCAAUUCAAAUUUCAUUUUAUUUGCGCGAUUGUUCCAUCAGAGGCGCUAGUGUUCGAUCGCUUUGACGUUUGCCAGUGUACACGUUGCUGAAUGAUGCAAACGAAAAUUACAGGCAAUUUGUGUAGUAGUGUGCGUGUUAGAAAAACGUCAAAUCGAAAUCCGUCAUGGCCAGCAGUGUCGCGCGCGGUUCUACCAACAGGUGGCAGUGUGCUCAUUAAAAUGACACCGGACAAAAGUUUUUAACGAAUUUCUUCUAAGAGUUACGUCUGUUUGUCUGUGGUGUAGCAUUGAUUAUAUUGCGGAUUUUGCCCCGUAAUAGACUCCCUCGCGGAAAAUUUUGUCCCACCAAAAUAUUCUCCCACCGCUUUUCCGGCUUUUCCCAUAGAUGGGUUUUGCCACCGCUAACGAAAACAACAUUGAACGCACGCUCUCGGUUGGUGCAAUGAGUACAUGGUUCGUGCAGCUGCUAACUGCCAUACAAACUGAGGUGUGAGUAUUUAUUUUUUCUCUUCGAAGAUUUGCUCGAAAGUCUAUCAACGAAUAAAAAAUGCAAUACGUCGUUUUCAGAAUUUGUUACUGGAAUAUUCCUUGGAUAUAUCUAUUCACAGCAAAAAAUAAAUGCAACCCGCCCGAUGUAGCUAAUUUCGAUGUACAUACUAAAUAAUCAAUGUAAGCACGAUUCCUAUGUACGAUUACAUCGUUUUGAUGUAAAAUCUUUGGUUCUUAUGUGUACAUCGUCCUAUGUAAUAUUCAUGCAACCGACGGAUUGAUCGGGUUGCAGCAGUUUAGAUGUAAUAUUACACAACAGUUUUUUCUGUGUUAUCUGUGCUGAAACCGUUUUGAACCCCCUGUAACGCACCUAAAGAUGUUGGGAAUCUCAGCACAGUGGACCAGAGCUACCGACCGGAACGACCAACUGGACAAUUAUCGUUCCCGGGAUUCGAUAUACGAACAAAAUAAUUGCUACGACGAUCGUGUUUUUUAUCAUUUUAAUCGUCAACGAUCUAGUACUGAUUGAAUAAACAAAACAGCUAAAGUCUUUGAGUUUAAAUAAGGGCGAAAGUAACAUGAGA